AUGACUUGUGAUAACCUGAAAGUUAAUGAUGUAAACGAAGAAGACAUUUCUGAGCCAGCAGCCAAGAGAAGGCGCAUUCCCAACAGUCUUUACGAUACCACAACUUAUGUUCAAAUGAGCCCAGAAGCAGACACAUCAAUGAAUUCAUCUAUCUUGAAUGAUUCGGUAGUCGUUAAAACUGAAGAACCAUCAACAUUGAAUACAACAAAGAUCGCUCUGGAAGCUGAGUUCACAAGCUAUGAGGAAUUCAAAACCGAAUUCGAAGCUUGGAAAAAGCAGUACAAUCAUCCGUUCCGUGUAGCUUCCUCAGAGACUUUGAAGGAUGCUGAUGGAAAUGUUGACUCAGUUUGUCAUUACCGUUACGUUGUGUAUCAAUGUGCUCAUUAUGGACAGCCGAGAAAGAGAGGAAACGGUUCGAGACCAAAUCAGAACUACCUGCCUUGUGGAUGUGAGGCUAUGCUCAGAAUUUGUUAUCAUUUCAAGAACAAGACUCUUCGCAUAUCACAGCUUCGACAAGUUCAUACAGGGCAUGUUGUGGCCGCAGCUCCUCUCUCGGCUAAGAACGAUUCAAAGCCAAAGCGGAGAUACAGCAGAAAAGUCUUUUCGCUUGGCUUAGGAUCUCCAGCCAGUCAAAAAGAGCCUUCGCCAUCAGAUGGAGAGAGCUCCAGAUCGUUCACAGCUACAGAAACAUCUGUAUCUUCUCCAGAAACAAAAUCUUCUGAGAGCAAUGAUUCUUCGCCGUCGCUGGUUAAACCAAACGUAUCGAGUGAUAACUUACAGAACUUCUACAACAAUCUGUUAACUUUACAUGGAAAAGUGCCUAAUAUAACUAAUACCACUGAAGCAGCUGUACCUGACGGCUUGGGAGUAAAAUAUCCAAACUUUCCUCAAGCUUUUGCGAACAUGUCUGCUACACCCACAAGCUUCCAAAGUGUGGUCAAACCAACUCCAGUUGUCCCUACGACAAGUGCUGAACCUGCUCUACCUGUGAGCACAUCUACUGUUGGUACUUCUGUAUUCAAGCCUGUCAAUCAAGGGUUCAAUCCUGUGUUCCCUCUGGUACCUGUUAAGGUCGAAAUCAACAUGGAUUCGGAUAAGGAGAAUCAACCUCAGAACAUAGCCGAUCUUGAACGGCAAGCUCAGUUGGCCACGAUCCGUGAACUAUUAGAUGAGAUGUUCCUACUCUCUGGAAACACUAUUUAUGAUUUUGUGAAAAUUAAUCGUGUAAAUCAAAUUAAAACACUACAUGAGCAGUUUCUAAUGCCUAAAAAGACAGAAACGAAAAAGAAACAACCUGAGAUUGUUAAACAGCAUCCUAAACCUCACGACAACACAAGGCAGUCGAGCAAUGAGCUAAAGAUCAAGGAAGCCAUAGCUGCAGGCUUAUUACUAGAACGAGAUGAUGAACAAACUAUAAAUGAAUGCCCAAGUAAUUGGGGGCCGGUGAAAAGCUGUUGA